CCAAACCCAAGCAAGCCGAGUCACAAGAUCACCCAGAAUUUUCUAGGGUUUUUGUGAAUUUUGAAUUUCUUUUUCUUUUCUUUUUUCCUUUCCCAAAAACCUUGAUAGUUGAAGUCGAUUUAUCAGAGCGAGAAAGCUCCAAGGUUGAUGCUGCUUUUGCUGUGGUUUUAGUGGGGUAGUAACAUGGCAGAAACAAACACAAUCCUCACCUCUGAGAAACAUUCCGUUCCUUCCCCUCUGAAUCCUCCCUCUCGCAUUAUCUGUCAUGUGUGUCAGAAGCAAUUUUCACUCUAUACGUGCCCUAGAUGCAAUUCUCGUUACUGUUCACUUCACUGCUACAAGUCGCAUAGUCUUCGGUGUACGGAAUCAUUCAUGAGAGAAAACGUAGUGGAGGAGCUUCAACAAAUGCAAUCUAAUGACGAAACCAAGCGGAAAAUGCUAGAGAUUUUGAAACGGCUUCAUCUGGAGGAGGAGAUGGAUAGCAUGGAUGAGGAGGAUGAUUGUCUUCUGUCUGAGGAGACUGUUCAAAAGAUUCUGUCUGGAGGUUCAAUCAGUUUUGAUGAUCUAUCUGCAGAAGAGAAGAAACUAUUCCAAAGGGCUGUGGCAUCUGGAGAACUUAGCAAGCUGAUUGAGCCUUGGGAUCCAUGGUGGUUGAAGCCUUCUGCGAGAACAAUCUCUCUCAGUAAGGAAGGGACUCAACUUGUCCAACCUGUUGUUGAGCAAUCACCUCAAGAUGAUGGUGUUGGAGGCCAGUCUUGCGAGAUACCUCCUGGCCCUGAAGCUCCUUUAACACCAAUUAAAAAGCUUCUUCCCUCUGCAGAACCAUCACCAUUGUUAGCUGUUCACUUGGUUGACAUUAUAUAUAGCUAUUGCUUUACACUACGGCUCUACAAUGGAGAUUGGCAAUCAGACGCCACAGGAUCAGCUAUGGUGGUGUUGAGUAUAUCAUCUGUCUUGAGUCAGGGAGGGCAACCAGAAACCGUGAUGGAAGCUCUGUCUUACUGCUUGGAACAAACUUGCUCUCCAAACUACAGGCAUAUGGGGGGAUUGCAAUUUGGAUUGGUUCUGAUCAACGAUGUGAUAAGCCUGCUAUCACUGGGGGGUCCUGCUUUAAUCUGUGCACUCUGUGAUCUGCGGAGACUAAUUCAGGCUGGGGAGAAGGAGGUGAAGGCUGAGAAAUCAAGAACUUCAAGAAGGUCAGAAAUAAGAAGCAAGCUGAAGGUUGCUGAUAGAAAGGUUUAUUUCAUUAUAUGUUGGGUGCAUGAGCAACCGGGGGAAGCUUGGUCUUCCUUAGCAGCCAUUGCAUCGGCAGAGAGAAGAAAAAUCGUGGUGUAUGGAAAAGAUGCAAAUUCGGCAAGAGUGAAGAAUAGUGCAGAGAGAAAAAGAAAAAAUUUAAUUGAGGAGAUGAAGUAAGCUAAUCAAUGUUGUAUGAUUGGUGCAAGUAAAUGGUGUAAAUGUAGUUUGUAUACACCUGGCUAACGCCAUUCACUGUGAACUAGCUAGGAUGAAUAAACUCCUGCACGCGUUGAAAAAGAAUGAACUCUGGUGUAAAUUAAGGCUUCUGCAAAUAGAUUGGAUUGCUAAUUA